ACCACCACUUCAUCGUAGGUGGUUUAACCUAGCAAUAUAGUGUUGUUACUUGGACAAUCAUCAUUGUCAAUAUAUUGUACUUUUUUAACUUGUGUUAUAUAAAUAUGCCAACAAACUCAAAAUCACCCGUCCGCUGUGCAGCUCUUCAUUGAGAGCGGGAGGUGAUUUGAGAGCGGGAGAGCGGGAGGUGAUAUUUUCCCCGCCAGCGCAAGCGAAAAUUCGUGACUGCAGCACUUCAACCAAUAAUUUUUUUUUUUUUUUUUUUUACAAGUGGACCUGACUGUUUAGUUCGUCUUUCCUCUACUACAACAUGGCACAAGGUCAAUUAAAGAAAUCAAAGGCUCCUGCCAAUAAGAGUGUCAAGAAUCUCAGCAAGCCUAAGAAAGGAGCCAAGGUCAUUGCACCUAAGCAGAGAACCUUAGUGAAGCAGAAGCAGAUCUCAAAGAAAUUGUCUGCAUCGAUCAACAACAAUAUUGAGCGUCAAAUGGCCGUCAAGGCUGGAGCUGUCGGCAAGUUGACCAUCAUGAAGAAACUUGCCGAUGAGGCUGCGGCAACGAGCAAGGACAAGAAAGGAAACCCAAUGAAGGGCGGAAAGAAGGGCAAUUAAGUGCUGCUGCCUUUCUAUCGUCGCUCAACCCUUUGUAUACACCUAUAUCAACUCAUCG